AUGGUCGGCUUCCUUGGUAUGACCGGAAAGGCCCUUUCCAUCGCUCAGGUCGCACUGGUCGUCGCUCCGUCUUUCAUCCUGUUCGGUUACAACCAGUCUGGUCUCGGCCCACUGUUGUCCGAAGAGAACUGGAGACAUCAGUUCCCCCAAAUCAACACCGUCGACUACACGGGUGAGGUCAAGGCCCACCAUGCUACCCUCCAGGGUCUGGUUAUCGCAACAUUUACACUCGGUGCGCUGGUCGGUGCAUUGAGCUGUAGUUACACUGGUACUCUUCUUGGAAGACGUUGGGUUAUUUUCAUCGGUGCUCUUUGCACACUCAUCGGCGAGGCCAUUGAAUGCUCUGCUUUCGAACUCGGUCAGCUCAUCGUUGGCCGUGUCAUCAUUGGUCUUGGUGUUGGACAGCUUUCAGCUACUGUUCCCGUCUGGCAAUCAGAAUGUUCAUCCGCUAAGAACCGUGGUAAGCACGUUGUCCUUGACGGUAUGUUCAUCUCUCUCGGUUACACACUCGAGUCCUGGAUCGACUUUGGAUUUUUCACGCUCAAGACGGGAUCUGUCACCUGGCGUCCUCCGAUCGCUAUUGCUCUGCUCUUCUCGCUCAUCGUUCUGUUCUCUAUCUGGUUUUUCCCCGAAUCCCCUCGCUGGCUUCUCGCUCAGAACCGUGCGCAAGAAGCUCGCGAGAACUUGGCUGCUCUCAAGGGUCUUCCCACCGACGCUCCCGAAAUCGAAGCAGAAUGCGUUGGUAUCGAGCUCUCCCUCGAAGACUCCUCGACCAAGGCCGCCUCCUUCAAGGAUUUGUUCAGCAUGGGUGAAGACAAGCUUGCUUACCGUUUCGGUCUCUGCAUCUUGCUUCAGUUCUUCCAGCAAAUGUCCGGUACCAACCUCAUCUCCGUUUACGCCUCUACCAUCUUCCAGCAGGGCCUUGGUAUGAGCGCCUACAACUCCAAACUUUUGUCCGCUGGUACUCUGACCUGGAAGUUUUUGUCAUGUUUCGUUGCCUUCGCCUGCAUCGAUCGUUUCGGUCGCCGUGUCUGCUUCAUCAUUAGUGGAGCCGGGAUGUCAGCAUGUAUGCUGGCGCUCGCUGUGGCGACCUCUUACCCCCACGAUAAUUACGGUGCAUCUGUUGCUGCCGCUUUCUUCGUCUACCUUUUCUGCUUUUUCACCCCCAUCGGUUUUCUCGGUGCCAACUUCCUCUACUGUACCGAAGUUGCACCUAUCAGACUGCGUGUCGCCAUGGCAUCCAUCUCUACCGCCAACCACUGGCUGUGGAACUUCGCUGUUGCCAUGAUCACACCUGUAGCCAUCAACAACAUUGGCUACCAGUACUACAUCGUGUACGCAUGCAUUGGUGCCUGCAUUCCCGUCACAGUCUACUUCCUCUACCCCGAGACCAAGGGACGCUCAUUGGAAGAGUUGGACACGAUCUUCAAGGACAGCCCUUCAGUAUUGGGUACCGUCAAGUACGCCAAGUACAAGCCCAUGAUGACUGCCGAGGAGGUGCCUUACGCCAAAACAUCGGACCACGUACACGAAGAGAAGGUGUAG